GCUGUCACCGAACUUAUCGAUUGGUCUGACAGCUAAGCGGUAAGAAAAAAUUGGCAGCGAAGAAAAGUGCGAACAAGAAGAAUUUUCGAUAACACGAAAAGUUUGUCGUAACACCAGGUUUUCACCAUCGCAGUGCAGAGUGCCCGGGCAAAAAGGGGGAAAAACGUAGCGUAAAUGGCCUCGCUGUUGAAACUGUCCACGGCCGUGCGGCGCCAGACGCUGCUGGCCGGAAGCCGUGCCGGAUCGUCGUACGCGGCCGCGUUCCGCUCCGCCCUCUCGAACGAGCCCGCAACCGAGGUAACCACACUGGACAGUGGGCUGCGCGUUGCGAGCGAAUCCGUGCCGUCGCAGGUGGCCACGGUCGGGCUGUUCAUCGAUGCCGGGUCCCGGUACGAGGACAAGCACAGCAACGGAACGGCAAACUUCUUCGAACACCUAGCGUUUAAGGGAACGACCAAACGAUCACAGUCCGCGCUGGAGCAGGAGGUGGAGAGCAUGGGCGCACAGCUGGACGCGAGCACGGGCCGGGACCAGACCGCCUUCACCGCCCGCUGCCUGUCGAAGGACGUCCCGAAGCUGGUCGAAAUUCUGGCCGACGUCGUGCAGAACCCCCGGCUGGACGAUGCGGACGUGAAGCGCGCCCGCGAGGUUAUCCUGGGCGAGAUCGAACAGGUGGACGCGGGCAACCUGCGGGAGGUCGUGUUCGACCACCUGCACUCGACCGCGUUCCAGGGCACGUCGCUCAGCAACACCGUGUGGGGCCCGAGCAGCAACAUCCGCUCGAUCAAGGCGGACGACGUGCGCGGUUACGUCAACUCGCACUACAAGGCGCCGCGCAUGGUGCUGGCCGCGGCCGGUGACGUGCGCCAGGCCGAGCUGGAGAAGCUGGCCGAGAAGCAUCUCGGCAAGAUCGAGUCGACGUUCGAUGGCAAGGCGCCGCAGCUGUCGCCAGUCCGCUUCACCGGGUCGGAGAUGCGUGUGCGUGACGACUCGCUGCCGCUGGCGUACGUCGCGGUGGCGGUGGAGGGAUGCGGCGUGUCCGACUCGGAUGCGAUGGCGCUGUCGGUGGCCAGUGCGCUGAUCGGCACGUGGGACCGCACGUUCGGCGGUGGCGUGAACAACGCGUCGAAGCUGGCCGUCGCCUCGGCCCACGACAAGCUGUGCCACAACUUCGAGUCGUUCAACCUGACGUACCGCGACACCGGCCUGUGGGGCAUCUACUUCGAGUGCGAUCCGCUGAUGUGCGAGGACAUGCUGUUCAACGUGCAGAACGAGUGGAUGCGCCUGUGCACGAUGGUGACCGACGGGGAGGUGGAGCGCGCCAAGCGCCAGCUCAAGACCCGCCUGCUGGCCCAGCUGGAGGGACCGCACGCGAUCUGCGAGGACAUCGGGCGCCAGGUGCUGACGCUCGGCCGCCGCGAGCCGCUGCACGACGUGGAGCGACGCAUCGAGAACGUGACGGCGCAGAACGUGCGCGACGUCGCGAUGCGAUACAUCUUCGACCGCUGCCCGGCCGUGGCCGCCGUUGGACCGGUCGAGAACCUGCCCGACUACAUGCGCAUCCGCUCGUCCAUGUACUGGACUCGGCUGUAAAAGCCCCGAAAGGGAAAGUGGUGCAUGUGCGGUGGGAGCGCUUCUCUUUCAGCUAAUGCGGUGCAGGACGGCGUUGGCAUGUAGCAGUUCAAUAAAAUGUAUGUGUUAAUCGGUA